GUCGCUCCCAACCAGUCUCAUAAUCAAGUGUUCAAAGCUUGUGUUCACAGUUUUGUAGUUUUUUGUAUUCAGAAUCCUCCUGGAGAUAUCAUUCCUUGAUUUCGUCCUUAGAUUUUUCUUCAAUUUAAAAAUGAACUACGUAGGGGCUAUACUUUUUAUUGUGGCCUUUGCUGUUGCUGAGGAUAAACAAGAAGAAAGGCCGAAGACCUACAGGAGGCUCAUCCCUGCAGAUGUUCUUCGUGAUUUCCCCGGUAUGUGUUUUGCCUCAACAAAAUGUGCAACAGUCGAACCAGGUAAAACUUGGGAACUGUCGCCCUUCUGCGGUCGUUCAACAUGUGUUCCAGCUGAUGACAAUUCUGGUCACUUGUUUGAACUUGUCGAGGACUGUGGACCACUGCCCAUAAAAAAUCCUAAAUGCAAAGUAUCGGAAGAAACGAAUAAAACUGCGCCCUUCCCCGCUUGCUGCCCAAUUUUCCAUUGCGAAGAUGGUGCAAAACUAGAAUACCCAGAGAUUCAAACAAUUUUAACUCCUGCACUUGGCGAGGAAUCUAAAUCCAAUAGUGAAACCACCACUCCCAAGCCAUAAAUUCAAGCCUCUAAGCAGAAACAUUGGAGAAUAAAUCCAUGAGCAUACAGUGAAAUAAAAAAGAACGGUACAUUUAUUUGAGGCACAUUUGGCCUCCAACGUGACUUAAUUUAUUCCACCACCUUCACCAGUGGCAAUGUACAUAAACAAUAUGUACUCAUUCACUGUCAAAACUUGGAGAUUCGUUUUAUUCACUCAAGUAGUUCGAGAACAUUACUCCCUAAGGAUAAGUGGUGCACUGCAUUUUUUUUACAUAGUUUUUUUUACACAAAAAAAUUACAAAAAAAUCCAAAUCUUAAAUAAUGAAAAAUACGCCGUAAAUUCGAGGAUAAAAAUGUGUGAUUGUGAUUGUUAUAUAAUUAAAUUAAUAACUUUUAUUUAAUAGAAA